AUGGCAUCCGUAACCGAGGUCCUACAGCGGAAGCCGCACAAUGUUGCGGUUCAAACCAACCCAGCUCACAACCUGCAUCUCAUCGAGACGAACAUCCCGGAGCCAGGCCCCACGGACUGCCUGGUCCAUGUCCGCGCAACGGGCAUCUGUGGCUCAGAUGUGCACUUCUGGAAGCACGGCCAUAUCGGUGACAUGGUUGUGUGUGGCGAGAACGGUCUUGGCCAUGAAAGCUCAGGGGUGGUGAUCAAAACAGGAAAAGACGUGACGAGAUUCAAGCCAGGUGACAGAGUCGCCCUUGAAUGCGGGAUUCCUUGCUCCAAACCGACGUGUUACUACUGCAGAACCGGCCAGUACAACGCUUGUCCUGAAGUCGUCUUCUUCUCGACUCCCCCUUACCAUGGUACACUACGUCGUUACCACGUCCACCCUGAGGCCUGGCUGCAUUCUUUGCCUGAUAGCCUUAGCUACGAGGAAGGUUCGCUGCUUGAGCCUCUGUCGGUGGCUCUCGCCGGUAUCGACAGGUCCAACCUUCGUCUCGGGCAGCCGCUGGUCAUUUGUGGCGCUGGGCCUAUCGGCCUGGUGACUCUUCUGGCUGCUCAUGCAGCGGGUGCGGCACCGAUCGUCAUCACCGACCUAGAUGAGAACCGCCUAGCCAAGGCCCAGCAGCUCGUUCCGCGGGUUCGCACCGUCCGCGUUGAGCGCGGUGAUGAUGCUAAGGGCCUGGGUAAGAAAAUGGUAGACGCCUUGGGGGCAGAGGCACGACUAGUCUUGGAGUGCACGGGGGUAGAGUCUAGUAUCCAUGCCGCAAUUUAUGCUGCGGCGUUUGGAGCCUCCGUCUUUGUCAUUGGUGUUGGGAAGGACUUUCAGAAUAUCCCUUUCAUGCACCUCUCGUCGAAAGAGAUUGACCUUCGCUUCCAAUAUCGAUACCAUGACACCUACCCCAAGGCAAUCAGUCUUGUGACUGAGGGGCUGAUCGACUUGAAGCCACUUGUUACACACCGAUUCAAGCUAGAUGAGGGCAUAGAAGCGUUUCAAGCGGCUUCGAAUCCGGCGGCCAGGGCUAUUAAAGUUCAAAUCAUUGACGAUUGA